AUGGCAGCCGAAGAAGAUACAAGUGUGUCCAGUGGACACCGUUCAAAUGUACAAGUUGGAAGGGAAGUGGCACAGAUGCAUUCCCAAGCUCAUAGAAGUGAUCCUCUCCUACGAAAUUAUGCAGAUUCGGGCGAUGUGAUUUAUCUUGAUUCUAGUGAUGGCGAUCCGCCAAGCGAUUACGCCGAUCAUGAUCCAAAGUGGAAAGACGUUGGGAACGAUGGUCCAAGUCUUGACACUGGUUCUACGUUCCAUCUUCGCAAGGAUUUUGAGAAUGCGGAGGAAGAGACUGUGCGAGACCUCACGCUCAUGUUCAAUUACGGGACGAACCUUGGAAGUGGAAGAACACUGACACAAGAAGUUCAAGCAAAGCACAUGGAAGACCAAAUGUGUAAGUUUGACCCGGAGGCCAUUUGUGAUGUUGACAGUGCGUCGCUGUUGGUCAAGCAAGGGUACCGUAUCGUGAUGGAUACCGACAAAGAUAAUGCGUUUAUUGUGAGUAAGGACGGGAGACAGUGGGUCUAUCGUGAGAAAAAUGGGUUGUAUACCUAUGUCCCUGGAAAAUCGGAACCGAUGGCUCAGAUUCCAGAGGAGAAUCAGACUCUUACUUUUGGCCCAAAGCCAGAGACGCAUUGCGGUGUCUGCAUGGAACUUGGGCCGCGAGGUGAAGCAUGUCUUGAAUGUGCACGAUGGGGAUCAUUUGUGAAAGAUGAAUCCUACCAUCAAUAA